AAAUGUCAUUACUUGUCAACCUGAGAUGGCGUAGUAUAUAAACUUGCUUAUACAAAAAUAUUGUGGAUUUUUCAGUCAUUACAAAUAUAUACUUAAUUUUUUAGGUAUGUCAGUUCGUUUACUUCAAUUAUUUGUUACUUCUUUGAGACCGAAUCUACCGAGACCUUCAAAUAUAGUAAGAUCAGGUGUACAUAUAAGAUUAAUAACAGGGAUGAACGCAAUGGAACCGUUGGAAGCCAAAGACAAUGAGAUAGUUCAAAGCAAAAAUCAUACGCGUUACAAACGCCGUUUUUUAAAACGGCAAUGGGAAACCAGCAAAAAGGAAACUGAGUCUGGUGAAAGUGACGAAAAGAAAUUAUGCGAUAAACCAUUUGAGAGGAUUAAGAAGAAGAAAAUGGCUGUGCUGUUAGGUUAUUGUGGGGUAGACUACUAUGGCAUGCAAAGAAAUCCAGGUGUCCCAACCAUUGAGGAGGAUCUCCUCAAAGCUCUGUAUGAUGCAAAGUACAUUACAGAAGAGGAUUUCAAUAAUCAACAAAAUGCACAAUUCCAGAGAAGUUCUCGUACAGACAAAGGAGUUUCGGCAGCGAGACAGGUGGUUUCACUUAAGCUACCUUUAGAAGUGAAUAUAGACGAAAUAAACAACAGAUUACCUCAGUGUAUAAAAGUGUUUGGUAUAAAACGUGCCACAAACAAGUUUAACUCAAAAUCAAAAUGCAAUGCAAGGACAUAUAACUACACUCUUCCCACAUAUGUCUUUGAACCAAGUUUAAGUAGUGAGCAAGAAAGAAAAAGGUAUCGGAUUACAGCCGAGAAAAUAACAAAAGUUAAUGAGGUUCUUGGAGUUUACAAAGGAACGAAGAGUUAUCACAAUUUCACAGAGAAAAAACAUUAUCAAGAUCCAUCGUCCUUAAGAUAUAUGAUGAGUUUUGGAUUAGAGAGAGUGUUCAUUGAGUCUGAAGUAGAAUUUGCCGAGUUACUAGUUAAAGGUCAGAGUUUCAUGUUACAUCAGAUAAGGAAGAUGGUUGGUCUUAUGAUAGCGAUUGUUAGAGGACAGAUUGAUAUGGGAAUGAUGGAGAAGGCAUUUGGCAAGGAUAAAGUUAUGAUACCAACCGCACCUGGCCUAGGACUCAUGCUUGAUAAGGUUCACUAUGAAAAAUAUGAUGCAAAAUUCAAAGAUAGCCAUGAAAGUCUAUCCUGGGAUGCAGAGGAGGAAGUUGUAGAAAAAUUUAAGAGGGAGCAAAUAUUUCCAAACAUUGUUAAAGGUGAGAUAGAAGAUAAUUCAAUGGGGUUGUGGCUCGAGAAGAUAAAGUCACAUUCCUUCGAACCUAGUGAUGAUAUUCCUGAUGAUAAGAAUGUUAUAAUAAAUGGUGAUGAUGAUGACUGUGAUGAUACAGAAAGUGAAGAUGUUAAAAAUAACGAUGUUGAACAUCAAGUUGCAAGUGAAACUAAAAAUAGCGAUCCAGGAAAUAUUGAUAACGAGGAUGGUGAACAUGUUAUGGAUGAUGGUGUUAUUGAAAUUAAAUCUAACAAGUUUAUUACUGUAACGAGUGAUGAGAAAAUUAAGAAAACUGAAGAUAAUUGUGAAAACAAUGGUGAUAAAGAUGUUGUUGAUGAUGAAAUUAGAUCCAGUGAUAGUGUUGUUCGAUAGAAUAAAAUGCUUAAUUACGUGUUUAUUAAAUAUGACAGAGCUACAUGUAUUUUGAUGUACCAUUGUUUAAAUAUUCCGACCCUAUAGAGACUAAAUAUGUAAUGUUAUUUGUAAGUGAGUAAGUGAUGAUUGCUCAUAAACUAACAUUAAAUGGUUAUUAAAUGAAUGAAAAGAAUAAAAAUUAUUUUUAAAUUGCUGAAUAAUAAAAAAAAA